UUAGAUAACUCUCAAGGACAAACGAGGGGAGCAGAAAGCAAUUAGAGGUGGACAAAAAUGCUUUAUGAUUUUACGGACGAAAAGCAAGCACAAGAGUACUUAAAAAAUGUUAAUAUAGAAUAUCAAUUUCAGUGUUACCACGAGAAAAGACCAGAUGGAUGUCACCGUCUUGCUGACUUCUUGGAAGCUGUCAAGAAAGAGUUUGAGAUGGCAGCAACUAUCUUCAAAACUAAUUGUGAUAACAACAAGUAUGGGCACAGUUGUUUUAAAUAUGGCAACUACAAAAUGGUGGGAAGAGGUGGAGGUAAAGAUAUUUACCAAGGGCUAGACUACUACCUGAAGGGUUGUGAGCAGGAAUACAUCCCAGCUUGCUACAAUGCUGGUCGAUUGUUACAGAGUGAACAACUUGGCUCUUUUCACAAUCCAGCCAAAGCUCUUCACCUUCUUCAGCAUGCUUGUGACCAAAAACAUGCAGCAAGCUGUUACCAGAUUAGUGGAUGGUUUAUCAAGGGAGUGACUGGGAUACCAAAGGACAUGACAAAGGCUUUUGAGUAUUCUAAAAAAGCUUGUGACCUUGGAGACUGUUACAGCUGUUCUAACCUCAGCCAAAUGUAUAAGAAAGGCGAAGGUGUUGAGAAAGAUGCAAAGCUGGCUGAACAAUACAGGCGGAGAGCAAAAGAAUUGUAUGAAGAAAUGGUAGAAGUUCGCAGAAACUUAGAACUUAAUCAGUAAUAAAAAUGUUGUCUGAAUGGUGUGUGUAUGUAAGUGUGAAUAUGUGUAUAGGCAACUAUUUGUUUGUAAACUGUAUGUGUGGGUGAAAGGGAGAGGCUCUUGAGAAUCUGAUUCAAACAUAAUUCAUAUGUUAGAUCACCACUGAAAAAAAAAUGCAAGAGAGCUUGAAUAAAAGUGUAUCAGCAUUUUCAUUUAUUUAGAAAGUAACUGAUCUUAUAAAAAGAAUAAAUUGACAUGUAAUACUGAAAGUAAGUAAUACUGUUCUGGCUGCCUAGUUAAGAGAAUAGCUUUUAAGUUUUAACUGGCUUGCAUGGUUGAUUCUCUUGUCUCAUAUGUUGUGUUUUUGGGCUUGACAAGACUUGUGUGAGUGUUUUAAUUAGAUAAUUCACCGAAAAAAAACUAUAGAUAUCAAUCAGCAAGGAUCAUCUAUGUUUGGAAGAAAGUUGUUAUAAGGCUUUUUAUGGUGUUCUUAUAAGAAAUAAAAUAAUUUAACAACUAUA